CAGAGAGAGAGGGAGGAAUUGGCUGCCGCGUAGUGAACCAAGGACUUGAUUUAGAACUGUAAGGUUCCAAUGAGGAGGCUGCUUUGCUAGGCAAAUCUAAAGGUGGCCCAGCUGCAGAAAGAGACAGCUGUUGCUGAGUAACGUCACUCUUGAGUCAUUACGGAGGCAGCAGCAGCAUCAUCAACAAGGACAGAAAUAUCAAGCCCGUCUCCUUCCUCUUAAGGCUGUUGCCUAGGGCAUCUCCCGCUUCUCAUUCCGUGAAGGGAAAGGACAGCCCCCACAAUGACGACCUUGGACGAUAAGCUGCUGGGUGAGAAACUCCAGUACUAUUACAGCAGUAGCGAGGAUGAGGAUAGCGAGAAGGAGGAGGGGUCGGGAGAAGGCCGCACCCUGCCCAGUGCUGUGCCGGGGGAGGUGCACCUGAGCAGCGACGGCAGUGCUGUGAACACAGGUCCUAAAGGGGUCAUCAAUGACUGGCGAAGGUUCAAGCAGCUGGAGACGGAGCAGCGUGAGGAGCAGUGCCAGGAGAUGGAGCGACUCAUCAAGACGCUCUCGAUGACCUGCAGGUCUCACCUGGACGAGGAGGAGGACAAGCAGAAGCAGAAGGAGCUGCAGGAGAAACUGAACGGCAAGCUGACGCUGCAGGAGUACACCAUCCUGCACGAGGGGGCGGACGACGACGAGGAGUUCCUGCAGCAGUACCGCAAGCAGCGGAUGGAGGAGAUGCGGCAGCAGCUGCACAGCGGGCAGCAGUUCCGGCAGGUCUUUGAGAUCCUCAGCGGGGAGGCCUUCCUGGCCACGGUCGACCAGGUGCACAAGCACACCCUGGUGAUGAUCCACAUCUACGAGGAGGACGUGCCCGGGGCCGACUCCCUCAGCGGCUGCAUGCUCUGCCUGGCCGCCGAGUACCCCACGGUCAAGUUCUGCCGGGUGCGGAGCUCCCUGAUCGGGGCCAGCGCCCGCUUCACCACCAGCGCCCUGCCGGCCCUCCUGGUCUACAAGGGCGGGGAGCUGGUGGGCAACUUUGUGCGCAUCACCGACCAGCUGGGCGAGGACUUCUUCGCCGUGGACUUGGAGGCCUUCCUGCAGGAGUGCGGCCUGCUGCCUGAGAAGGACCUGUCGCUCCUGAGCUCCAUCCGCAGCGCCUCCCCCUGCUACAGCGAGGACAGCGACCUGGAGAUCGACUGAGAGCCCCGGGGGGGCGGGGGGGGGCGUGCUGCGAGUGCAGACCCAGCCAGGGGGCACAAGCUGCCGCCUCGGAGCCCCUUCCGGCCCAGAUAGGCUACUCCGUUGUCUCUCCCUUCCCCAACUGGCGGCAGCUUCGGGGCCUCUGCGCCUGGCCGGCAGACCUCCAGGAUGUCUUUGCCUCUGCUCCUCUCCGCUGCUUCCCUGCCGCCCCCCCCCUCCUCCCACUGAGACUCUGUCCUGGGGGAAGGGAGGCACCCGCCCUGGAAAGAGAGAGGAGGAAACCCUCUCGGGGCAUGUGGCGUUGGCUGUUUCUGUCCAGUCCAUGUCAAGGAAGCCUCCUCCAUCCACAGGGGCCCUGCGGGCGCCACACUCUCUGCGCACCAGAGUUGUCUUUGGCUGGAGACGUCUGGGCGUUGAAAUGAAGCGGACAGGACAGCUGGAGGCCUCGUGCACCCUCAGAGGUGUCCCGGUUGCCUCUGCCUCGCCCUCUGCAUUUUGUCCCGGUGCAGUCACAAGCAAAUGUGGCGGGCGGGCGCCUGGCCCCAGCGGCCCCCAGGAACGGGCUUUCGCGGCGUGUGAGCGCCGAGAUGCCCAGCGAUGACAGAGGAACGGCCCACCAGAGGGUUUCGUCCGCCACAGGGACCUCCGGAGCCUCCAAAACCCUCUCUGGAGCGAUCCUUGCAGGCUGCAGCUCGGCCCAGCGCGCGGCUGCUCACGGCUGUUCCCUCCCGGGCUCUCUCCACGCCUUGCACUCGCUCCCCAGCCACCUGUCGAGCAGUGCAAAGCCCCCUGUGUCUCGUGCCUGGUCUGACCCUUGCAGGUUUAUCUGUGUUGUGAGAAGCUCCUCCGCUGGGCCCUGCGUCCUUUUCUCCUCCCUCUUUCUGUGCAGGUUGACUGUUUUGCUAAAAGGGAAAGCCCUCUUUUACGAGGUGUGGGGAAUUCCUCAAACCCUUUCUUAAAUUAACGCAAUAAAAUAUAGAACGAC